CACAGUUCGGAGAAAUUUCCGCGCUCCACGCCUGCGAGCGCGCCGGUAACUUCCGGGCUGAAGCACGAGGGCAACUAUCAGCAGCUCGCGAGUCACUGCUGUUAACUGUACAGUGCAUGCUGUGGAAGACUGACUGACUGCCAAGUCAUUUGAACAGCACUGACACAUCGUAAAGGAAAGACAGAACAGAAGUGAAGGUGUAAGACAAGGAAAUCCCAACACGUCCUUCAUCUUUCCAGGUGUCAACAUGCGGUUAAAACAGAAUGUUAGUCCAGUAGUGGUCGUCGUAUUUAGAUUGGUGGUUUGGCUGUAUUCCCUCAUCUCGUACCUGCCUUACCUGUUGCUGAGAUCGUAUGACUCAGAAUCGUUCUCCGAGUGCACACGGAAGGUGAAAGCUCGUUCUGUGACUGGACACCCAGCGGGACCCUACCGGGAUGUUGUAGCAUUGAGAGCGCUGGCCACGUGUCUGCAGCCCAGUGUGAACACACUCGAUCGGAUGUUUGAGUCGUCAGUAUGCCGCUAUCCUGAUCGUGACUGUCUGGGCACCAGAGAGCUGCUGAGUGAGGAGGACGAGAUUCAGGAGGAUGGAAGAGUCUUCAAGAAGGUGAUUUUGGGAGAGUAUCGCUGGAUGUCUUAUGAUCAGAUGUAUAAAGUGGUGAGAGCGUUCGGGAGUGGUUUGGCCGCUCUGGGGCAUAAACCUUUUAAAAACAUUGCCAUCUUCUGCGAGACGAGGGCGGAGUGGAUCAUAGCAGCACAGGCUUGUUUCAUGUACAACUUCCCAUUGGUAACUCUUUACUCUACUCUGGGAGGUCCUGCGAUUGUUCACGGACUCAAUGAAGCUGAAGUUUCCUAUAUUAUCACCAGCAAAGAACUUCUGGAAACCAAACUCAAGGAUAUUUUGCUGGAGGUUCCAAGGUUACGGCACAUUAUUGUUGUUGACGAUAAACUCAACGGCGGCUCUGAAUACCCUAGAGGCAUCAGUGUGCACAGCAUGGACGCUGUACAGAGACUGGGGGCCCAGCCUGAGAAUGCGUCAAUGCAAAGACAGCCUCCAUGUGCAUCUGAUGUGGCCGUGAUAAUGUACACCAGUGGCUCUACAGGAAUACCGAAAGGAGUCAUGAUCUCCCACAGUAAUAUUACUGCAGGAAUUACAGGCAUGGCCGAGAGGAUUCCCAACCUCGGUGAGGAUGACACAUACAUUGGUUACCUUCCUUUGGCUCAUGUGUUAGAGUUGAGCGCUGAGAUCGUUUGUUUGGCUCAUGGAUGUAGAAUUGGCUACUCUUCCCCACAAACUCUUGCAGACCAGUCUACAAAGAUAAAGAAGGGGAGCAAAGGAGACGCUACAGUCCUGCAGCCCACUCUAAUGGCAGCAGUGCCAGAAAUAAUGGAUCGGAUCUAUAAGAACGUGAUGCUGAAAGUGGAAGAAAUGAGCCUGUUUCAGAGGACUCUAUUUUUAUUGGCCUACAACUAUAAGAUGGAGCAGCUUGCUUUGGGAUACACGACCCCACUGUGUGACAAGCUGGUCUUCCGGAAGGUUCGGGCAUUGUUAGGUGGGCGUUUACGGGUGUUAUUGUCAGGUGGAGCCCCUCUGUCUGCUGUGACACAGCGGUUCAUGAACAUUUGUUUCUGCUGUCCGGUGGGUCAGGGUUACGGCCUCACAGAGACCUGCGGCGCUGGAACCAUCAGUCAGCUUUGGGAUUACAGUACAGGGAGAGUUGGCGCACCUCUGGUUUGCUGUGAAAUUCAACUGAAGGACUGGAUAGAGGGUGGGUAUCGGACCACAGACAAGCCCUGUCCACGAGGAGAGAUUCUGAUUGGUGGCUCCAAUGUAACCAUGGGUUACUACAAGAAAAAGGAGAAGAACUGUGAAGAUUUCUUUGUGGACAAGAAAGGCCAGCGAUGGUUCUGCACCGGAGACAUCGGAGAGUUUCAUGGAGAUGGUUGCCUGAAGAUUAUUGACCGUAAGAAAGACCUGGUGAAGCUACAGGCAGGAGAAUACGUGUCUCUGGGAAAGGUGGAGGCCUUCUUGAAAAACUGCCCUCUCAUCGAUAACAUCUGCGCAUAUGCCAACAGUGAUGAGUCUUUUGUAAUUGGCUUCGUGGUACCCAAUCAAAAGCAGCUCCUGGCGCUGGCAGAGAGGAAGUGUGUCAGAGGUUCGUGGGAGGAGCUUUGUAACAGCCCUGCCAUUGAGGAGGAGGUGCUUAAGGUCAUCACAGACGCGGCACUGACAGCCCAGUUAGAGCGGUUUGAGAUUCCUCGUAAGAUCCGUUUGAGCGCCGAGCCCUGGACCCCAGAGACCGGCCUGGUGACAGAUGCUUUUAAACUCAAACGCAAGGAGCUUAAAACUCACUACCAGACUGACAUUGAGCGGAUGUACGGUGCCAAGUAGAACCAAAUCACUGCCGGCUCCAACCAGACGAAACUGGCUCUUAUCAGGACUGUAAGGAAAGUAACUUAUCUCACCAUAGCAGCCACCAAUCAGGAUGGAGAUUUCCUAAGGAUGUGUCACAAUGUACAAACAAGAUAAUUUGGCAAUAUUUCAAAUGAUAUCCGAAAAUGUUCAACAAACAAACCAGCACUACACACCCAGCAAUACUGCUAUAAAUGAUGUGAGCUGUCUUGCUUACUUCCUCCAGACUUGUGUGAAAAAAAUGGAUUUUUACUUCCAAAGCCAGACUGCUCUAGGUUUGAAAUGUUAAUCGGUGCAUAAUUGGUUCUGUUUCACGUACUAUUUGAAAAAAAUAGUAGUAGGUAUACAGAGCAUAGUAUGCAGUAUGCAGUAAGUAGUGGCCAGGUCAGGUAAUGGCUUUCACUUAAAGUUUCAGACUAAUAAAACUUUGUAAACUAUUGUAAUGCCACUUUAAAAACUUUUCAUCAGCAUUUGUCUGUCCAAACAAAUCAGGAAUCUCAAAGCCAUGAGACUGACAAUGCUGUCAAGUUGUAGGCAACUUUCUUCGCUUUUUUAUUUUUCAGUAAUCUUUUCAUAAUUUUAAAGGGAUAGUUCCCCCAAAAAUGAAAAAUCUCUCAUCGUUUACUCACUCUCAGGCCAUCCCAGAUGUGUAUGACUUUCUUGCUUCUGCAGAACACAAAGAAUUUAGAAGAAUAUCUCCGCUCUGUAGGUCCAUACAGUGUAAGUGAAUGGUGACCAAAUCUUUGAUGCUCCAAAAAGCACAUAAAGGCAGCAUAAAAGUAAUCUAUACAACUCCUCCAUGUCUUCUGAAACGAUCCAGUCACUUUUGGGUAAGAACAGACCAAAAUAUAACACCUUUUAUACCAUAAAUGUUGGCAUCAGCAGUCUCCUUGGCAAUCAUAGUUUCAAGCUUGAUUACAUUUAGUGGUAGAUGGUACCUAGUACAUCGAGCACUACAGUAGGAAUUGUAAUCGAGCUUGAAAUCAUGAUCGUGCCUAGAGACUGCAAUGGCAAGAUGUACAGGAAAAAAAGGAAUAAUAUUUUGGUGAGUUUCACACCCAUUUCACUUGCAUUGUAUGGACCAACAGAGCUGAAAUGUUCUAAAAAGCUUUUUUCUGUAAAACCAAGAAGGUCAUACACAUCUGGGAUGGCAUGAGGGUGAGUAAAUGAUGAGAGAGUUUUCAUUUUUGGGUGAACUAUCCCUUUUAUUUAAUACUAUCAUGAGUGAGGGGGCCUGGGUAGCUCAGUGGUAAAGAUGCUGGCUACCACCCCUGGAGUUCUCUAGUUCGAAUCCAGGGCGUGCUGAGUGACUCCAGCCAGGUCUCCUAAGCAACCAAAUUGGCCCGGUUGCUAGGGAGGGUAGAGUCACACAGGGUAACCUCCUCGUGGUCGCUAUAAUGUGGUUCGUUCUCGGUGAGGCGUGUGGCAAGUUGAGCGUGGAUGCCGCGGUGGAUGCUGUGAAGCCUCCACACACACGCUAUGUCUCCGUGGCAAUGCGCUCAACAAGCCACGUGAUAAGAUGCGCUGGUUGGCGAUCUCAGACGCAGAGGCAACUGGGAUUCGUCCUCCACCACCCGGACUGAGGUGAAUCACUACGUGACCACGAGGACUUAAAAGCACAUUGGGAAUUGGGCAUUCCAAACUGGGAGAAAAAUGGGAAAAAGAAUAAAAAAAAAUUUAAAAAAAACAAUACUGUCGUGAGUGUAAAGAGACUUGAGGUGCCAGCAUAUGCAAAUGAACUAGUGAUUUGGAAUAUAAUUAUAUUUAAGCAUCAUUUUAGUAAUUGUUACAGUAAUUCGCUUUAUUAAAAUGUUAAAAGUGUUUAUUGGCUGAUGCUGAGUAUGAAGUUCCUAACAUGUUGGCUGAUUGGAUGAUUCUGUGGCUGACUGUAUGUCCUGCUGGACAGGAUAAUAGAUCUACUUUCUUCUAUCAACAUGCACAUUAAACAGUCUGAACUCAGUUGAUUUAAAGGAUAAAGUCAGCUUUUUUUUUUUUUUACCCCACAGAUCACUACUGCUUCAUGAUGGUACACUUUAAUCAGAACAAGUUGAACUAUUUGUUUCAUUUAGAAAUAAAGAAAUCUGUGAGACCAGUUAAGAGUUGUUAAAUUCUAGAUGAUCUUUUUUGGGAGCAUGUUUAAGGAUCAGGGGCCGGUUGCAAAGUGACAACAUGCUUAGAAUUUUAACUUAGGGUUUUCUUAACUUUUAGGGGUUUCUUGCAACUGGGCCUUGGGCCUUUUCAAAUCAAUGGCAGUUGAUAGUGACUCAGUUUAAAGCUUUAAAAAGGACCAAAGGUAUCAUAAAAUUAGUCCAUGUGGCUUGUGUAUCAUAUUCCAAGAUAUUUAUUAGCAUAAGAGAGGAGGUCAUCUGGGUUUGGAACGACAUAAGGGUGAGUAAAUUAAUUAAUUGGGUAAACUAUGGCUUUAACCUGUGAUUGUAAAAAGACCAUAGUCAAUAUAACUUUAAAAUGUGAUGCAUAUGAUCCUUAAUUUAUCACAGAAUUGCCCUUAUGAUGCUGUUGUGUCUGUAAUGUGGCAUCAGACACGGAACUGCCCAAGAGCUCCUGAUUUGAUCAAGUUCUUAACGAGCUUUACGUCAUUUCUCUGUUACUCGAGCCUAAUUAACAGGCGUGUUCAGGCAUUAGCUUGCAUAUUGUGGCUCUAGUUUUUCUCCAGCAAUGCCACACCUACCCAUCACGUACCAUUCCCAGACAGAUGAGGCUGGCGUAGAUUCUAACAAUAACAAUCUGUCACUGGAGGCUUCAACAAAACCCAGACACCCUUGAAAAGUAUGUCAGUGGGGUGUAGAGGAGAGCUUAACCAAGGGCGUAGAUUUGGCUUGAACAUUGGAGGGGGGGGUUACAGUUUGAAGAAUUUACAUGUUUCCAUUGAUCAUGGUAUAAAUGUUUGGGGGGGGUUGUACUUGCUUGUUUUAUUAUUGCAGGGUUACCUCCCCCAUCCCCCCUUGAAUCUACGCCCCUGAGAUUAACCCUGCUUUUUAAAGUGAUGGUUUUAUUCCAAUAUGCUUUUCAUUAAUAAUGUUACCUUUAUUGUUAAUAAUAAUGUUAUGGUUUCUU